AUGUCAGCAGCAUGGGGCGGGCCCGCAGCCGCAGUACUCCAGCCAUCUCCGCUCACCUUUUGCGCAACCUUGUCGUUGGUCGCCGUCAUCUGGACGAACUGCGCCGAUAGGGUCUUCUGGACCGCUGUCAGAGGCAUUUUGAACUAUUUUGGUCUGUACCAGUGGCGGGCGCUCAGUCGGCGAGGCCUUUACGUGCGCAAGCAAUACAGGCAAGUGCUCCAGUUGGUUGGCGGCACAACCUGGAAACGUUCCCUCGCUCGACGGAGAGGACUCAAGGGCUGGCGCGGAUGUUCGGUGACUUGA